UCGCAAAAGAUUAACUUCAAACCUCCCACGCCCCCAAACCGACAGAGCAAUUCAAGACUUUGUGUGUUGAAAUGUUUGUCCCUCUAGCAACAAAACCCAGGAAUCCAGGAUACAGUAUUCAUUUCGUGCCCACUCAGAGAGAGAGAUUGUAGUCUCAACCCAGAAAGAAAGAUAUGGAGGAUGGAAGUUUCAAGGUUGAUAAAUGGGGCUAUGGAGUCAAGACCCACUCAGAUUCUUGUAUUGCUGCAAUCAACUCCUAUUAUGACCAGGUACUUGGCUAUGGACGAGAGAGGUCAGUGAUAAUGGAAGCUCCUAAGCAUGACCCAUGUUGUGUUUUGGGUAACAUUUUGGCUGCCCACUACAUUUCCUCCAGUCAUCCUUCUCGUGUCCCGCCGCUCCUUGAGGCUGCCAAGUCUAAUCUUGAAAAUGCUAGCUUGUAUGAAAAAUCAGUUUUUGAGGCUGUCAAUUACUUGAUUUCCCCAAACAGAGAUGAUGACUUGGCUGUAGAGUUACAUUCUCAGUUGCUAAGAGAUUUUCCAAAGGAUUUGGCAUCUCUGAAAAGGGCUCAAGUGCUAUGUUUUUAUAUGGCACGGCCUGAUCUGUCUUUGGAACUUGUUGAAAAGGUCCUACCAGCAAAUGAAGAAGAAAAUUACAUAUAUGGAAUGCUCGCGUUUCCUUUACUAGAGCUUGGUCGAUAUCCUGAUGCAGAGAAAGCUGCAAAGAAGGGGUUUGAGAUCAACGGUGCAGAUCCAUGGACUCAACACGCACUUUGCCAUAUUUAUCAGUACCGGUGUUGUUUCAAGGAAGCAGUGCAAUUUAUGGAGAAGUGCUCGAGUUCAUGGGGCUCUUUGUCAUCGUUUAUGUAUACGCAUAAUUGGUGGCAUGUCGCCCUUUGUUAUUUGGAAGGCCAUUCUUCCUUGGAAAGAGUACGAGAAGUAUAUGAUCGACAUAUCUGGAAAGAGUUGGAAAGAAGUGAUUCUACACCAGCAGAAGUAUACUUGAACGCCAUUGCUUUAUUACUACGAGUUUAUAUACGUGAUGCUAUUGAUGUCUUUGAGGACCGUUUAAAGAUACUAGCUAAUCGCCUUACAGAUAAAAGUUCUUGGUAUCUCGAGUGGCACCUUGACGUGUUGACACUGUGGGCCUUAGCUUGCACGGGCGAAGUCUCUAAGGCAGAAGAUUUACUCGAAGGUUUGAAGGCGAGACUAUCUAAAAUGAGCAAGAAAAAAGGAGGACUAAUGCAGAGAGGAAUGCAGCUCGCGGAAGCUCUCUUUCAGUAUGGGAAGGGUGACAAUAAAGCAGCAUUGGAAUUGCUUGAACCUGAGUUUGAUGCAGUAAAUUAUAAGAUAAUUGGAGCAUCUGAUGAACAAGCUGAUGUUUUUAAUGAAGUUUGGAUCAUCUUGUUGCUGAAAAAUGGACAUGCCACAAGAGCUAUAGAAGCCAUUGAGAAGCAGCUAAAGAAAAGGGAAGGAGCUGUAUUCUUGUGGCAGCUUCUCGAGCGAGCCCACACAAUGUUAGGGCGAAAAGAAGCCACAAGUAUAGGCGAAAAAGCGAGAGCAUUGCAGAACACUUACUUCAGUUAGCCCGGGGGGCCAAGUGAAUAAAUCUGAAGCUACUGCUUCAUGUGAGGUUUAAAAAUGAUCAAUCUUAGUAGCAAUCUUGAGCAUCUUAGAGACUAAAAUGUACUGUCUUCUGGUUGUAAGAACAUUGGACACUCCGAAUAAGAAGCAUAAUAGAUCAAUGUUUUGGUUGAU